GUCUGAUCGAGUGCGAGGAGCCGAACAACCGCCUGGACAAGUUCAUCGGGACGAUGCUGUGGCAGAGCGAGCGUUACCCACUGGACCUGGACAACAUGCUGCUCCGCGGCUGCAAGCUCCGAAACACGGAGGAGUGUCACGGCCUGGUCAUCUUCGCAGGCGGCGACACUAAAAUCAUGAGGAACGGAGGAAAGACGAGGUUCAAGAGAACGAAGAUCGACGAGCUGAUGAACUACAUGGUUUAUACAAUCUUCGCGCUGCUGAUCCUGGCUGCGGCAGGUCUCGCCAUCGGCCACAGCUUCUGGUACGAGGAGAUCGGCAUGAACGCGUGGUACCUGUACGACGGAAAGGACCAGAGCGCCUCCCACCGAGGAUUCCUCAGCUUCUGGGGUUACAUCAUCGUCCUCAACACCAUGGUGCCCAUCUCUCUUUACGUCAGUGUGGAGGUGAUUCGUCUGGGUCAGAGUAAAUUCAUCAACUGGGACCUGCAGAUGUAUUUCUCAGAGAAGGACACUCCAGCUAAGGCUCGAACCACCACCCUGAACGAGCAGCUCGGUCAGAUCGAGUACAUCUUCUCCGACAAGACGGGAACUCUGACACAGAACGUCAUGCAGUUCAAGAAGUGCACCAUCGCCGGACGCAGUUACGGGGCUCCGACCACAGCGGAAGGAGUGACGCUGGACCGAGGACGGGUAAAAUACCAAACACACUGAUUUAGAGUUUCACAAUAAAA